GGAUAGGUGUGUGGAUAGGUGUGUGGGAGAAUACAGGAAAUUACCAAAGCAUAUCGUAAACGAACGCAAGUCAGCAACAGACAAAAUGUACAAGCUAUGGAAGAGGGUAGGACUAACGAUUUUAGUUAUUUUGGCCCAAUGCCUAUGUACAUUAUGUCUACCACUUGGCCUGCCAUCAAACAUAUCAAUAGUACAUUUUUGCCCAACUGCUACAGAUGUAAAAGUCCCACCUCCAGCUUGUUUGAAUAGUAAUAAGCCUGUUCGCAUCCUAUACUACCAGAAAGAUGGCAAUAACAUCGUAGCUUCCUACGACUUCAAUAAAAAUAAUGCCGUAAGCACCGCUGGGUUCGGCAUUGCUGAUGACUUUUCUCUGAUUGUCAAAACACCGAAAACGAACGACAGUUUUUCUUCAGAGUGCUACUAUUAUGCAGACGGUAGUGUUCGGGAACGACCCGUAAUGCUUAAAGAGUAUAAGCGAUCACAUGGUAUAAUAAAUGUAAAUGUAUAUGAAAAAAAUGGAAAUAAUUUAACAUGCAAAAGCAGCCCUUGUGAAACAAGUGUAGCAAAAGGAUCCGAAGUUUGGUUGAAGUGUGCACUAUUGGGCUUCAAUUCACAUGCAGAUAGCCCAGGUAUUUAUUUCAAUUGGACAAACAGUGAAGAGAAAUGGAUACCAAAUGUGUCUGAUCAUGGAAAAGAAGGUGAGAGCGCAUCGGUUGUGGCAUUUGUCGCUGAAAAGGACAAUAAUGUAACGUGCAAUAUUUACGUGCCUGCAUUAUGUGGAGAGCCGAACCUAAAAAAGAUCAAUGUUAUCGUCACUGUAGGGCAACUCCCAGGCAUAGGUGUAGAUAUGCCUGUUUCAGAAGAUGCAGUGAACUAUACGACUUCUGUAGUUCCCAGUGUUGUUGCUAUCGUUCUUUUAUUAUUGCUUCUGGUCUGUAUUCUUAAAAGAAGACAACUACAAAAUAUAUUUUACGAGUGUACGCGAUAGCACAUUGUCUUUGUAAUUGGUGAUUAAAGUCAAACUCUGGAGGAAAAAUAAAUCAGAUAGACCUAUGUGGUACUACUGAUUUUCCUUAAGCACAAAAAGUAUAUUUGACGGGAACAGUUAAUGAGGGCCUACAGAUUUUUUAAUAUUUAAAAACUAAGAAAACGGUGGAAAAGGGGAGGAUUACGGCCCUCCAAUUCUCCCAGUUUUUUGUUUACAUUUUC